AUGUCCUCAGGGUACUUCGCUGGUCUGCUAUCUUCCAGCUUCAUGGUUGGUCGUGUGAUCUCGGCAUACUUCUGGGGGAUCAUUGCCGAUCGGUGCGGCCGUCGCCCAGUCGUCUUGCUCUCGCUGGCAUCUACGGGAGGGCUCGCCGUGGCCUUCGGGUUUUCAACAACGUUCUUGUGGGCCCUUGCUUGCAGGUUUUUGUUGGGGCUGCUGAACGGGAUGACGGUAAUUUUUCCAUCACUAGUCUCGGAAAUCUGCGGCAAGGAGCACGAAGUCGUCGGGUUGGGGGCAGUGACAAGUGAGCCUAUCGCUUGCAGGCGUGGUACAGCGUGUUUCCGAUACCUGAUGCAUCGUAACAUCUACGUCGAACUACGGAGCUACCUGUUUCCUUACCUUCUUCCCAACCUCGUCGGGGCCGGGCUGGCGCUAUGUUCAAUUCCGCUGGUGUUCUUGUUCCUGCCGGAGACGCUACCCGUUCCUGAGGCGGCCGGCGUCCAAUUCACCAGCUUGGUUGUGCCCCCUCUCGGGCAAGACAAAGAGUCCGGCUCCCGUUCGGCCGCCGGAGGAGAAAGAAGCAACGACGGUAGCGGAAGCACGUCGUCAACAAACGGGACCGAAGUGUCCCGGGGGCGCCACUCGUUGCUAGCGGAAGGACAAGGCGAAUGCGCGACAAGCAGCAGCACCUGGACCGACGUGGAGCCCUUCAAUCGUGGGAGUUUGCUGGCCGCGGGACACGUCCGCGUCCUCCUGGUUGUGUACGGAAUUUACACGUUUAUCAUCUCUGGGUUCGAAGACCUUUUCGCGCUGUGGGCUCUCAGCACGACUCCCGUGGGGGGCUUGGAUUGGUCGGCGGAGCAAAUCGGACAGGUCCUUCUUGCGUCUGGACUCAUGGUUUUCGUGUUCGAGCUGUUCGCUGUGCCUUUAGUCACCAAGCGGCUGGGCGUAACCAUUUCGCAGAGGCUGUCAUCGAUUACUCUGGUGUUUGUCCUUCCCCUCGUUCCCGUGCUCGGACGCCUGCCCAACACCGGGCACCUGCUAAUGAUUGCUUCCGUGGGUCUUCUGUUCACGGUCUAUUCGACAUGUGAUGCGUUCUACACGUGCAUUUCUUUCGCCAUCAACAACGCCGCGGAGCCGGAACGAUGCGGCGAGGUGAAUGGUUUGGCGGCUUGCGUUGCUUCAGUAGUCAGCGCGGUCGGCCCCGCUGCCUGGUCGGCGCUGUACGCCUUCUCCGUGGAAUUCGCCGAUGGUAGGUCCCCGUUCCCGUUCCCGAUCGACUUUCGCCUCGCUUUUUGGCUCAUGGCCUUCCUGCGGCUCGUUGUGGCUAUCCUUUCAUGGAGUACCAUCAAAGGCGACAAGGCCCACGAAAGGAGAGUAGACACCCCACCCGAAACCGUAGAAGAGUAGUUUCCGGUGUUGCAAUGUGAGAGCAACGUUGUUGUAUGAUGACGAUGAGAAUAUGGGCGAAUUCUUCGAUGAUAGAGAUGGUAGCGGUGGUGCUAGACGCCUCCUCGAGCCGCGGCGGUUUCCCGAGUCCCGGACACCCCGCACUAUGUGAAUGAGGGAAGGACAUGCUAACGGGCUACACGGCGGGAAGCUAGACGUCCCUGGCCACUAAGACACGGAACGAGCGCGGGGAUGGACGGUCGCAAUAGAACUAGUUGAAGAGCAAACUUGCACCCCGUGUGGGUUUCCGGAGGGUCGCUGUUUGCACGUCUGCCAAAGCUUGUUCGCCGCCGGCGAAAUACUGCAGUACCGACCUGCCUGUACGAACCAACUGUUGUUUCGGGUCAAGGACCAGGUUUUUCGUGUAAAUAGUCGCCAACAUCGAUCAUAGAUUACCGCAUCACACAUGGCGAAUCGGCACCCCGAAACUCCCUCUAUUGGGAUUUACUAAAUCAACCGCCCAGGAGUUGCUAUGUUUUGAACCCCUCGAUGGUGAUGAGGACCAAACCGAGGAUACAACGAGAAUUGGUUCCCUCUAGAGGGUAAAGGCACCUACGUCGAGGAUUGAGUAAACGUAAGAGGCCUCAGGGGUAGCUCCGUCCUGAACUCAAGCUUAUUGUUGGUUUUCCAGACAGAGAGCUGGGGGAAGAAGAAGAACGGCACUGAUCAUGCUACUGUAGCUUCUGACGACCUUAUGCGUGUGGAAGACCGGUAUUUCCCUGGUUCUGACAAUACUGGCAGUUCCCGUAGGACUGCCAAUGGGACACGUGGGAAUUCUAAUGACACCGUGCUUGGUUCUUCGAAUGAGACCGCGCUUGGGAUGCCCCACGCGGCGAUCCGAUGACGCGCAAGGGAUGUCCCAGUAUGAAGUCCCUGGGGUGUCCCGAAGCAUCUUACCACCCAGACGCGUAGCAGUGAAUGCACAGUACCAGAACAGAUGAAGAGAGGACGGACAGAAUGUCGCUUGGAACGCAACGCGCCGGCUACCAUAUUGUAUUUUCUGAACAUGGGUGUGUAGUGUGGGCGAGCGUUCCGCCUGGCGCCCCAGGUUUCCCAUGGGUUGCCUGACGAGUGACAUCGAACGUCACAUUGUCCUGGUCGCAGUUGGAUUAUUGUUUUGGAUUGACUUUCAUGUUCGGGUCGAUGUCACACCAUGGGGGCGGUUGGAUAGGUAUUAUUUGGAUUGAUUUCUUUGCUAAGGUUUUUCGCGAGUAUUGGAAGGUUUGGCAUGUUCUCGUAAGUCAUUGUUGGGGCCUUGUGCUUCCGAAGGUUAUUUGAACUGGUCGACAAGUUGAUCA